GUAAGCUCUCCGCACCGAAAAAUAUUUACCGUUUCACUGGAAUUUCGACAACUUAGAAAGAGAAAAUGGCAACGGGAAAAGAUCUGAUCGAUGCUGUAAGAACGUCAUUGGAGUCGGAUGGAGCACUGAGCCAGAUCAAAGCCGAAAUGAGAACCAAAGUGAUGCAACUGUUGGAGGGAUCAAACAAAUCUAGUAGAUCUAAGCAUCCCAAGUCGCCGCAAGAGGUAUUGAUAUUAAACGAGCUCAUCAGGGAAUACUUGGAGUGGAUGGGCUAUAAAUACGCUUCCAACGUUUUAAUUACGGAGUGUGAACUAUCCAAGCAACCACUGGACAGGAAUCUUAUUACUAAAGAUCUAGGUAUUAUAGAAACUGAAAAAUCUAAGGAACUUCCACUCUUAUUUUGUAUUUUAGAGACUUUUAAAGAAAUUAAAAGUGCAUGAGUUAAAAAGUGAAAUUUUUAAAAUAAAUAAUUAUGGUUUGGCAAAUUUUGAGAUCAUGCAAAAUCGUAUUAAUUGUAAGAUUCGUAUAUUUGGUUUAACAAUAAAAUAUUUUUAUUUUUGUACAAUGAAAAAAGCUUCAUUCUUAUUAUUUACGGCUUAUUUAUU